AUGGACGAACAAAACAUUAUGGAACUUGUGGAGACUAGUGAUGAGGAAAGUCCAUCAUUAUCAAAAAUAUUGUCUGUUGAAGAUAUGCUUUUAGGAAAAGGCAGACAAGAAAAAUCGUUGGGAAACCUGGCCACCAAGUUUGCUGAUCUUCUUAGAAAUUCUCCGGAUGGAGUAAUGCAUUUAAACAAGGCUACUGCCAUGCUUGCUGUUAAACAAAAAAGAAGAAUUUAUGAUAUUACAAAUGUGCUAGAAGGUAUUGGUUUAAUAGAAAAAAAGACCAAAAAUCAAGUUAGAUGGAGGGGAGUUGAAACAAGUGAAGAUGAUAAGACUGCUGCAACGAGAACAAAACUUCAAGAAGAAAUACAAACUUUAAAGUGGCAAGAAGAUAUUCUGGAUAAGCAGUUAGAGAUCCUUAGUCGUGAUUUUAAAGUGCUUAAGGAAGAAAAAUCUUUUGCUCGUUACAUGUAUUUACUGAGUAGUGAAAUCUCCAAUAAACAAGAAAAACGAUCAGUUUUUACUGUACAACCUAUGGAAGCACUUAGAGGAGCUAGUAUUUCCAUACCAAGAACCAAAUUUAAUCGCAACUAUAGUAUUAAACCUUAUGAUAACAGUAUGCCAUUUAGGAUACAUUUUAAUUCUAAAACUGUACCAGUCAACAUGAAUCUAAUUUCGUUCAAAGCAUUUGGUCAACUUGAGAAUAAAAGAUGUGUUUCGGAAACCAUUAGCAAGUUAAGAAAAAUACCUCGCACUAAUUAUUCUGAUGAUGUAAAAAGUAGUAUUAUACACAAUAAUGAAGAAUCUGAUGAUAUGGAAGAAAUUAUUGUACUGAAUAAAGAAGGCAAACAAGUGGAAAAAAAUUUAAAUUGUGAUACAUUAGACGAUAAUGGAACUAAAUCUUAUGCUAGUGUUUGUCCACGUUAUGAUCCAAUCUUCAGGUUGAGCCCACCUCCGCCAGUGAAUACUUUUCCAUGUUUAAUUGACCCGUCUGAAGGUGCAUUUGAAGCUUUUGAUAUUAAGCCCAAAUAUUAA